AUACAGGGGCGGAAGUUCCCGUUGCUAGGCCAGUGACCGGGACAGCGAGUUUACUUUGAGCCAAAGCUCCUAUAUCCGCUAUAGGACCUUUACUUUGAGCGAGGAGAGGGCGCCUGGAGAGCGGGGAGAGGAGCGCGUCCCGUCGCCUGGAUACCGGUAGCGGGCAGCGGCGCCGACCGGCCGUCAGACUGCCUGGACCGCGCUGCCGCCCCUGCAGCACUUCUGUUGCCACCCGGGAUCAUUUGCUCCAUCGUUUAGUUCCGAUGCUGCGGCCUUAAUUCGGUUUAUCCGGGAGCGCGCAGAGCGGUUGCCCAACACUCAGCUGCGGGAUGGAUGCGAGCAUCAGGCAGCUGCUGGCGGCGGCGGCGCUCUGCGACAGCGAUUUAAAUACAUUGAAGGAAGCUUACAAUUUAAUAAAACUAGCUACUGCGGAGAGAUCUGUAGCAGGUGGAAUGGAGAUUAUCAGCGCAGAUUUAUAUGUGCAGUGUGCAGAACUGGCUUUGCAGUUUAAACAGGAAGAUAUAAGCCAGCAUUGCCUGACCAUGUAUUUUGAGGGAGCAUGCCCUUUCAAUCAGUUUUUGGGCAGGGCAUGCCUUUGCCAAGCUCAACUUUAUGCUCCGAAAUCCACUGAGAACACGAAUGACUUAAAUAAAGCUGUACGGUACAUUCUUGAGACCAUAAAAAAUGCAAGAAAGGAAAGCAGAUACUAUUUUCUAAUUUACAAUGCAUCUGUCAUAUAUUGGUCGAUAAUAAGACAAUUUUUAAAACCAGGCUUCUUUACCUAUGUGAUCUCAAGCCUUUCUGAAGUAAUAAAAGCGUUGGAAGCUGCUGAAGAUUUGGAUUAUGAAUGGAGGGCUCAAUUAAUGAUAACACUAAUUCAAUGUUAUUUGGACGAUGGGAGAGUACAAGAUGCAAUACCCUUUUCAAAUUCUGCAGCAAGUUUUAUUCAAAUGAAAGUUCCACAUAUGUACCCAAAGUUAUUUUCUAUUCAGGUUUUACACUCCCUAGUGGAUUUUAAUAAAGUGAGUAAAGAAGUGAAAGAAUCCAUCUAUCUCAUGGCAAUUUUCAAGAUGCAGAGGAUAAAAUCUAAAUUGAAAGUUAAGGAUGUAUCACAAAACCUCGCAGUUCAGCUGAAUCAGGUAUAUCAACUCGUAAGAUCACGUGAAACGUCAGAAUCUCGUACCCAAACAUCUACUGCCCAGUCAACUGCCCAGUUGACCGAACAUGAAAGGUUAUCUUUAUUGUUGGAGUUGGCCCACUUUGCAUUAGAAGUAAAACAUUCCGAGAUUGCAGCAGAUUGUAUUAAUGACCUCAAAAUGCGUGAGCUAAAAGAUAAAGCAACAGCAAUGGAAAUUGAAUGCUUGGAAUCCGAACUUGAAAUACAAAGGCUGGGUAAAAAGGCAGAGAAAUGCACCAAGAGCUUUGUAGAGCAUUCCGUGAGAAUAAUUAAACGAUUAGAUCAAAUCCUGCAAAAUGCUGUACGUGAAGGAAAUGGAAGUCUAAUUGAAACCAUUUGUGUGACUCAGUGGAGCCUUUGUUUACCUCUGCUUGAAACUAAUUUGCGAAAGCUUGUGUACAAACCAUUGGUCAACCUUGCAACAACUCUUCACGAUCUUGACAGCUUAUUGAUUAAGCUGCGUUGCCAAGUUCAUAUGGAAAUAGCUCAAAUUGAAGAAGAUGAAAAUCGAAUAGAGGUUGCCAUGGAACAUCUUCAAAAGGCAUUUUAUCUAAACAACGCGGGACAAUACAAGAAUUACAUCAAACAAACAUUGCAUCGAUUGCAGCUGUACUCAUCAGUUUAUGCAAGUCCAAAACUCCCAGAGGAUCAAGCCAUUCUGUUUAUUGAACAGGUUAAAAGGUUCAAUGACUUGAAAUGUGACCAAAAUAAUCGAUCUUUGAUGAUUAAGGCUGGAGAGGCUCUCGCUCGUUCUUCUUUUCGGAAGGUUCUUGAUAGUGAAAAUGAGGCUAAAGUGUUUGUAGGCCAUGGUAACACAGGCUUAAUUGGUCUACUUGCUGCCAAAGUUCAAAAUUACAGGAACUGUAUGCAGCAGACCGAAGGACACCUGGAGAGACUUGCAGAAGUAAAUGAUAAAUUGAGGGUGGGACUCUGGACUGAUUUAGUCAAAGUUGCUCGUAAGCAAGAAGUUUGGGAUGUCUGCCGUGUUGCUUCUGAGUAUUGCCUAUUGUAUGAUGAUGGACGAUGGAAACCAGAAAAGUGCGACGAUGAAAUGUUAACUGGAAUGAGUGAAGCAUCGUUAUUUACUGUUGAGAGGAUCUCAUCAGCAAUGUUACACUCUACUCGCAAAGUAUUUUAUUCCUGUAUUGAUGUAAUUAGACUACUUGCUGACGUUUACUUCAUUAAAGGAGAGGCAACUAUUCAGUUAUUAAGAUCAGAGGGUGCAGAGUUCAACAAUGUGGCAGUUUUCCCAGAAGAAAAACUACAUUCUCAGGGAUUUGUAGCCAAAAACUUAGAGGAAUCUCCAGAAUGGAUUACUUACAGAAACUGGAUAGACUCUUUGUCUGCUGGUGCCACAGAGAACUUCUUGCGAGGUGCAGAGCUGGGUGUCCUAUUAAAUGAAGCAAUAAUAGUUUGCAAUGCAGCAAUCUAUAUCUGGAAUUAUAAUCAUCACCUGUUAGUUUCUGGGAGAUAUGCGGAACUUGUGAAACCAUUUCAGGCACUUCUUGCUGCAUUAAAGAUAACAGGGCAUUCUGGGGAAACUGUGCUUUUAGUAAUGCUGUGUAAUGGUCUAUGCCGUGGCUUGAUUCAACCUUGGAUACCCAAUCCAACUAACUUUGAGAAAAGUGAGUCUAGCAAGGGCUCUCCAUAUACUGCCAAGAAAAAGCCAUCAGCAAAAAAAAACGAAAAACUAAACAUCCCGCUCGUUUUGUCUGUGGAUUCUGAAGGUAUUCCUCACUUAUAUGAAGCUCUCCAGAUCUGUGAAUAUGCAAUGCAUAUCAUAAAUGGAAGUGAACCUUCUGAUGUUGUUCCUAUUGCUGUGAGACAUCAGAUUAUAAUCACAUGGGUCAAGAUAAAACAGCUUCUGCAACAACAAAUAGGACCAAGUCUGGGAAGUGAUGAUGAGAUAUCAUCAGAGAAAGAGUCAGAUACAGGAGAAGCCCAGGAAAGUAAUGACAGCCAGAGUUCAAUGGUACAGGUUCUUGUUGCUCUGGAGAUGUUUUCAUGCAAUCGCAACAGGCUGAUGAAAUUUACUGUUCCUAGUCUUCUUGAGUUGGAAAAUAAAAUAUCAAGUUGCAUCUGGACUGAUAAACUGCUGGAGUUGGAAGUUUGGACACGUUUGUUGCACCUUGCAUACCUGAAUAACGAUAACCCUCUGGUUAUGCAAUGUGCCCAAAAAGCGUUUGCAUUGGAAAAACUUGUUGCUAAAUCUCCUGGUUUUAAGAAGCAUGGAAAGCACAAUUAUACAGUUCAGAAUGAAUUGCUCAGUGUUGUUGCCUGUAUCCAAGGCCAGAGCUUGGUGAAGACUGGAGCUGGAAACAGCAAAAUGCGUCUUGCUGCAAUUAAAGCGUUUCAAAUGAGUGCAAGCUAUGGAGAAAAAGCUGGAAGUAUGAAUCUUGUAAUGAAUUCAGCAAAAUACUUUUGGAAUUCUUGCCUGCAUUUGAUACCAUCUGUUCGGGAAAGAAGAAUACUUGAAGAGCCACUUAAAGCUUUUCUGAAGGCAAUCCACAGUACAUACACCAAGAAUAAAAAGGAAGAAGAAAAAAAUGAAAAAAAUGAAACGAUUGAACGACAAAUAUUUAAACGGCAAAUACAUUAUACCAUCUCUGAGCAACUUUCAAAAGCUGGCAAUGAUCCUGAAGAAGAUCUCAAGUUAAGGGCAGCAAUGUAUGGACUUUUAUUCCACAUCAAUACAAAUAAAGGAGACUGGAAAGCCGGAUUAAAGGUGUUAGACAAUGCCAUCAGAGAAAUGCCAAAAACGAAGCAGCGAUUGCUUCUCUUCAAGCAUAGAAUUAUGGUAAAUACCAGGCUUGGUCAAAAUAUCCAGAUGGAUAUGCAGAAAUUAAAUGACGAAAGUGAAGAUCAAGUAUCUUAUAUGUGGCACCGUGUGGUAGUUUUCUCAAAAGAUACAGCAAAUAAGUUAGCUUGUUAUCAAAAUUCAAUUGGUGCAUUAAAGAAGCCCGAAAGUAACUGGCAGAAAAUCCAAGAAUUGAUUGAAUUUGGUGAAUGGUUGUAUUGCAGUGGAUUUUCCAUAACUGACGCACUCUGUCAGUUGGACUGGGCAGUGGAUAUUCUCCUGAGUAUGGAACUUUGGAUAAAUCCUAAGGAGGAUGAAGAAGAGCACUCAAGAAAGGAGAAUAUAUUAAAAAGUGAAGCCUUCAUUCCAGAAAAGCGUCAGCUACUGAUUGGUGCACAAAGUAUUGAUACUAAGCUGACCUUAGCAGACCUGCAGGACGUGAAACAACUGGAUACACUGGUUAUUGUACAAACAAUCAUGGCAACAAUUGCAGGCCACACAUCCACCCAUCACCACUAUUUAAUGGCAUAUGCAUAUGUUAUGUGCAUAUGGCGGGUAUCACUGGCAGCUGCAUGGUUAUUCAUCAAGGAGUCAACUGUUCCUCCUCCUUCAAAGACUGCUCGUCCAGAUACUGGAACUAAAUCAAAUAAAUCAAAAGGCAAGAAAGAGUCAACUACUGAUGGUCGAGAUAAAUCAAAAUCAAAUAUACCACCUGUUACUGUGCCGACUACUCUAGAGGAAUGGGCAAUGUAUGUAUGUCCCAGUGAAGUUAAAGAAGCCUUCAAAAAGGGUUCAAGUAAUUGCCUGAUCAACAAGAAUAAUAUCCUGAAACCUACCUACAGUUUAUUCUACAUGGAUUUAUUGGUGAAAGAGUUGCAAAGCCUAUCGUAUACACACCUGACAUUGCCCAUUCUUCAGCUUGAAGAAUUAAUUGCCAGUGAAAUACUGGAUAACAAGAGUCUCUCUGAUUUAUACCAUCUCAGGAUUGCCCAGAUAUGUUUAGAGUUGAAUUUGACUCAGGCUGCUCAGUACCAUGAAAAAAUACCAGGAUCAGUAUUCAUCUACGAUACAGAACGGGCUAAAUGCCGGGAAGCGAUUGCUCGAAUGAAGGAUCUACAAUUAGGGUCUUCACACGAAAGCCUGCUAACUUCACAUGGCAACGCAGCAGUGGCACAAACAGCCUCUAACAGUGAACUGACCAUGCAUAUGUCUUCACCUGUACUAACCAGAAAGAGAUUGAGUGGUGUUUCUGUUGUGGAUGUGUGGAUCAAUAAAGCAGAGGUACUACUGCAUCUUGGAUUUUACCAGCCUGCCAGAGCUCUGUUAUCGGAGGCCCACAAGGAUGCAAAGGAACUUGAAAAAGAAGAUUCUUUGGCGAAAAUCUUUUACCUUCUUGCAGUUCUAGCUAAUUAUGAAAGGAAUUUUGGUCAGGCUAAACUGCUGUUGGAAAAAGCUCAAAGCAUAGGAGGAAAUGAAUACUUCUGGUAUGAUGUUAUUACCUGUUUGGUAAAUGCAAUUCUUGGAGAGAAUCUCAAAGAUUCGAAGGAACAGGCUUGCAGGAUCUUACAACAGGGAAUUUCCAGAUUCAAGACUGCUUCAGAAGAAACACCAAAUCGAGCUUCAGUUAUUGAAUUUAUGAUAACUUCAAUGGAAGCCAGGUUGACUUCCAUUGAAAUAGAAUCAUUGAAAGCAUUGGGCAACACAAGAUUAAAGAAACCAGAGAUGAUAGAAAAGCUGGUUUCAACGUGUGCUAAAUUGGAGCACUAUUCAAACAUUAUGAUGACACAACAUGGAUACAGGGAGGAAUCAGUGGAUUUGAUGAAAGAACAUGUUGGUAUACUGACCCUCAUCGCUAAAUGCAGUGAAGAAAAUGAGAUAAAAUAUAGUUGGCUGCUGGAUGCAUAUGCACUAAUACAAAAGGCCAUCUUGAUUGAGGAGGAUGCACUCUGUGACUUGAUGAGCUUGUUACCCCUCAGAACGAUGACAGGUUUAACUUUGCCUCUAAUGAGGAAGCUGACCUCCCUCAAGUUAAUUUUUGUACAAUUAAUGUUGGACAUGAUUGAAAUGGUAACUUUAAAUGACAAAAUAGAAGCAGAAGCAGCAAAAGGAAAAGGACUGCUACAACUAAUUGUAGAGGAGUUUGUUAGUUCCACACCUGAUUACACACCAAUUGAAAAGGAAUGGGUGACCAUUGCUAGGUCAUUAGGACAAAAAGCUUUUUCUCAGCUACACAGUGCACAUAGCCUUUGCAGUGGCUCUGAAGAACUUAGAGCCAAAUGUCUGUAUUUGACUGGAAAAUGUCUCCGUUUGUUGGCUGUUCAAAAAGAUCCUAUUAAUCCAGGCUUUGUCUGGGUUCAAGAAACGCUGGGCAAUAAAAAUGGGCAGUCAAAGGAAGUAAAAUCCAGAGAAGGAAAUGAAAAAGCUGUAUCAAACUAUGACCAGACAGAUUUGCAACUCACAACUCGGGGUGAGAAUGAACACAUCGAAUCAGAAAAUGAGCAUGUGGGUGCGCAGCUUUCAGCCCAGCAGCUAGCUAAAUGUGUUGCAAUUGCUACACAAAUUAAGAAAGAACGAACCUCAGCACAGGUGUAUCUUGCUCAUGCCAGUGAGGUUUUGUUGCAGUCAAUGAACCAGGCAUUACACAGCAAUCUUAAAGACAUCCUUGCAGAAGCUAGCUUUAACAUGGUUCAAUGUUUUGGACAAUUUGACCCAGUUUCAGCAGGUCAAUAUUUAGCAUUACACCAGAGUUGCAGAACAUCAAUUAUGCUAAAAGGUGCAUUGAUAAAGACUGGAUAUGAUACCAGCAGUUCCCAGCUUAUAGCAUUACUGCAUCUUCAACAAAAACUGGAGAAGGAUGGAACCAUGAAAAAUAUGCUCAGGACAGUUAAUACAAGACUUAGCACACAUUUUAAGGCAUGGAAAAAUAUUAUCAUUCAACCACAACAUCUCAGUUUUCUGAGUGAAUUUCCUUCUAACUUUAACAUAAUUGUUCUUCAACAUUAUGAAGACGGAUCUAUGCUAUAUGCAGCACUUCUUGAGAAACCGAAACAAAAAGCCAAUGUUGAAAGAAAAGGAAAAGGAAAUCAAAGUCCAGGUCCAACGCAGGCCAAAAUUGUUCGUGGUCCUGUAAAUCCACAAUUACUUUCAAGUUUAAUUGCAAAAAUCUCCAAUUAUAAGAAUAGCCUGGCUCAAAAUCUUUUAAAACAUGAAUACCAAUGUGAUCGCAUAAUGCAGAGGAUGGAGCUAUCUCAGCAAUUACAUGAAAAAGAAGUUGCUGAAAAGAGGACAACAUUAACAGCAAAAUAUAAAAACGAGCUUGAUGAAGACUUUACUGGCAUUAUCGAGUCUAUGGAAGAGUACUUGAAUCCUGUUUUGUCACAGUUUGACUUCACAUUUGCUCCACCGCCGACUCCCCUGGCAGCAGGAAUGGAAUCAGGGAAAUCAAAGCGCAAAAAGAAAGAGGAAAAACCAGGGGGUGAAAAAUCAACUUCAGGUCAAUCUCACGAUUUAGGAGAAUUUGUAAUCUUUUUGGCUGAUGAUCUAUUGAUGAAACUACCUUUGGAGGCACUGAAAGUCUUGCAGAAUGAUGUAAUCACCUCAGUUUCAAGAGACUUCUCAUUGCAAUUGCUGUACAAUCGCCAACAUAGAGAUGAACCAGAAACUGCAACAAGUGCAAAGAGUCCGAAAGGAACGACGAGCCAAAAAAAAAAUAUUAAAAUGCCACCAGUUGAUCAAAUGUUACCACCUAAUUUUUUUCCAGUGAAUACUCACAACUUCAGAUAUAUUGUCGAUCCUUAUGAUGACAACUGUGUCUUAGGGUCCUGUCCUGUGAAGAUAAUGACAGAAAUACUAGAAAUAUACAAUGCACGUUUCACAGGACACUGGAGUGGGGUUUUGGGAAAUAAGCAUGUCCCCAGUCAUGCAAAAUGGGAAGAGUUGUUGAAAAGUUGCAGUGCAUUCAUCUUUUACGGAAAGGAACAUUUUCUAGCAAAUCUAUUGGCAUCAAAACUUGUUUCCAUGAAUUUUUCAGAAUGUCAGCUUGUGAUUCUUCUCGAUCUGGUCCAAAGUAGUGAGAGCUUCCGACGGCAGUCAAUACUGGACAGGCCUAAAAGUGCCUUGCAGUUGUCAACAGAGGGACAAAUGGAUACGGUGAUACUUCUGAGCCUGACUGGAGUUCGUUCCAUAAUGCUUAAUCAGUGGCCUAGUACACUUCAAGAAAAUGCUCUGAAGUUUAAGAAAUUAUCCAAAAAUUUGUUGGAAUUUGGCAAAUCAACUGGUCAAGUAAUCCUUGAAAUCGCCAAAUCUGGAAGAAGCAAUGCUUCUAAAAGUGAUACUGAAAUUUCUGUUGAUCCAAGCAUUAAAGGUUCUGCAUCUAAACAUUUUAAAGAUGAGGCAAGAAAGCAUUACCAAGAAGAACGUAUGACUCAGGAAAGUGCUUUUAAUUUCAUACUUUAUGGACUGCCAAAUCUUAUUGUCACCUGAGUCAUUGUAAACCAAAUAUAAAUUGUUUACAUAUAUGUUACUGUAAAUCUUUGGGAAUUAAUUGUUAGAAAUCCAGAAUCUAAAUAAUUAUUGUUUUUCAUUUAAAAAAUAUUUUGAGUAGAUUAAUAGUUUUAAUUAAACAUUUUUUUAAAUACUGUUAUGUGAUUGGAAUGUUCAUAUUCAAUCACUAAUUGAUUUCACAUUUUGAUUAUUUCAACUGUUUUGGCAAAUUUUGGGCUAAAUUUUCUGGUAAAUGAAACGUUUAAAACCCUUUUCUUCAGCAGUUUGAAGCAAUAGUAACAAUGCUGGCAGGAAUCUUGUAAUGAUAACCAUAUUGAUAUUCCUUGUUUGUCAUCCAGAUUAUUGUGAUUAAAAAAGGAUAUGAGGAUUACUAAAAUGUGUACGCCUUGUAGUUUUCUUUCCAAAGCCAGUGAACUAUAUGCAUUUACCCUUCCGCCCAACUUGUCUACAAUGGCCAACGUC